CCACCCAAUAUAUGUAUAUAUAAACACACACACACACAAGACUAGCUCCAAUCCACUCCACUCCUCCCAUUGCCUCCCACUUUACGAGUUACGUGUAGGAGUCCAAUAUUAUAUUGUCAACAAACUUUCUCCAAUGGCUCUCCGCUCUUUCGUUUGUCGGAAAUCCCUAGCCUCCUCCUCAGGCUUCAAGCUUCAUUUCCGUGGAUUGCAGACCUUCUCAUUGCCCGAUCUUCCCUACGAUUAUGGAGCUUUGGAGCCUGCAAUUAGCGGGGAGAUUAUGCAGCUCCAUCACCAGAAACACCACCAGACUUACGUCACCAACUACAAUAAGGCGGUCGAACAACUUCAUCAUGCCAUGGAAAAGGGCGAUUCUUCUGCCGUUGUCAAAUUGCAGAGCGCUAUCAAAUUCAACGGCGGAGGUCAUGUCAACCAUUCAAUAUUCUGGAAGAAUCUCUCUCCUGUCUCUGAAAGAGGUGGCGAAUCACCACAUGGUAACCUGGGCUGGGCUAUUGAUGAACAUUUUGGUUCUUUGGAUGCAUUGAUUCAAAAAAUGAGCGCAGAGGGUGCUGCUCUGCAGGGCUCUGGAUGGGUGUGGUUUGGCCUGGACAAAGAAUCAAAGAAGCUUGUGGUUGAGACGACAGCAAAUCAAGAUCCAUUGGUAACUAAAGGACCCUUAGUUCCAUUACUUGGAAUUGAUGUUUGGGAGCAUGCAUACUACUUACAGUACAAGAAUGCCAGACCUGAUUAUCUAAAGAACAUAUGGACGGUAAUGAACUGGAAGUAUGCAGGUGAAGUUUAUGAUAAAGAAAAUUCUUAAGUCCAAGCACACCUGCUCUGCACUGGUUUUGGACACAGGUGUGGUGGCUUCAUAGCCUGUUGUCUGGUUAGAAGGAAUAAAAAUUGAUGCAGAAUGUAUUUUAUAUUAAGGAUCCUUUUCUUUCUCCCCAUAAAAUGAGUUGCUGAGUUGUUUACUGGUGUAUCGAAACUAUGGAAAACCAGAACAAUUCUGAACCUUUUACUCCUGUUUGUUCCGCUGUCGAACGUUGAACCUUCUUUAUUUAUGAGACGGCAGAAGGGCGUUUAUACAGUUGUAUGCUCGUGAUUUGCUUU